UCGUCUACCUCCUCGCAUAGCGUAAAGCGUCGCCAUACUACUGAGGAAUCGAAGGGUAUGGCACCAGAGUAUCUUCCUUCGACAUCUGAUGACGCUCCUCAAACUGAAGAAGACGAUGAUCUGAGACUGUAUCAGUUUCUAGACGGCGAUUCAAGUGCAGAUAACGAAGAACUAGAAAACGAUGCGUUCCGAGAAAUGGAGGCGGGAUUGAAUGAUGUUAUGUACCAUCAGAAAGAUGCACCACCGCAGCUCACUGCUCUUCGCUGUAGUGGAAUUGGUUCUCCGAAAAAGGUAUGGGGUUUACUCUGUCGGAAAAAUGAACUCAUACGACCGAGUAACCGAUUACUUGAGAAACAUCCCGAACUGACCCCACAUACGAGGGCGAUUCUCGUAGAUUGGAUGAUGGAGGUGUGUUCGAGCGAGAAGCAGCAUCGAGAGACUUUCCAUCUAGCCGUUGACUAUGUCGACAGAUUUCUUGCUACAUUUCAAGGUAUCAGGUCACAGACAUACCAGCUCGUGGGGACAUCAGCACUGUUUCUUGCAAGCAAAUAUGAGGUCAGCUGUAAUGACAUGCUCAGUAGUUGGUCACGUAUACCGAUGGAGACGUAUGUCAAAUUUUUUCAUUGGUGGUCAGAUUCAUGGUCACUGGCACCGCUCACUAGCAUUCACUGGCUUAGCAUGUACAUGCAAUUUUUAGGAAAUAAGGAGGUGCUAGACCUCCUGUUACUCGACGUGGGAUCGUUCAAGUAUUCGUAUCGAGAACUUGCUGCAGCCGUUCUUUUUGCCUGCUACGAACCUCAUGCUCUCGUUCAAGAAGUAACAGGGUACUCGUACUCGGCUCUUCUGAAGGUUGUUGAAUGGGUAGAACCUGUGGUAAAGGCAUGUGAUCGAUUACGAGCACUUGGCGAUCCUAUGCCAGCUCUUGAAGGAAUUCGCGCAGAUGAUCUUCAUAACAUUCAAACUCAUCCCGAUCAAGAGUUCGAUGAAGUGAUGAUGGCCCGAGAGAAGGUAAAAGUAGUUCCGAUGAGUCGAAGGAGAGGACCACUGAGAUCCAGAUGUACUAAUCCCGAUCAAAUAACAAUUUUUUCGUGA